AUGGAGCUCUCUGACACCUUUCGCAUUGUCAACUUGGCUGUUGGUGUUAUCACCGUCCUCGGUGGUAUCGCGUCCAUCUUCCAUCUUGGCCUUCAACCCAUUGUUGUCGGCGCUUACAUGAUCGUCUUUGGUCUCGUCAUUGCUCUGCUCGAGUUUCAGAUCCCUCCCCAGGUCUCCCGACAUGCCUCGUUCAUGUUCUCCUUCAUCGGCCGUGGUGUCUUCUACGUCUUCAUUGGCUGUCUUCUGUUGGGUAACUUCAUCCUUAGCAAGAUUGCUGGUAGCAUCAUCGGCAUCGUCGGUCUUGCCUACAUCGCCCUCGAGUUCGUCCCCUCCAUCGAGCCCCCCAGCAACAUGCGCGAGGCCGAAGAUGCCGGUUGGGGUGCCGAGCAGGUCUAG